AUGUCGUCCGCUGAGUCUUUAUCAGCUUUGGAGAGGGCAAGAAGCUCAGGAGCUAUAGCACAUCCUGAGAUUGCAUGUGCUGCAGUAGCCACAGAUGGAAAGCACUAUUUCGAUAAGAAUCUGAAACAAGCAGCUCUACACAUGACAGAGAUUCCUCUGCGCACAGAAGGCUCUAGCAGAUUAGUAUCUGCAUUGGCUAGCCAGCCGCUAGCUGUCUGCACUUCCGGUCAUCACGCGAUCUCAUCGGAGAGCAGAAUGAGCGCUAGGGAUUUUACGGCUAUGCCCAAAGGAAGCGUUGGUGUAGAAGAGCGAAUGUGUGUUGUAUGGGAAAAAGCCGUUCGUACAGGACGAAUUGACCCAAUGCGAUUUGUAGCUGUAACUUCGACAAACGCAGCGAAAAUGUUCAAUAUGUACCCGAAAAAGGGUCGUAUCGCCGUAGGAGCCGACGCUGAUCUAGUAUUAUGGGAUGCAUCCGUUCGAUGGAAAUUGUCCGCCACAGAACGUCAAUCAUCUGUUGAUGCUAGUCUUUAUGAUGGACUAACGCUUCACGCACAGGCGUCUGUCACAAUAGUUGGAGGCCAAGUCGCAUGGAAAGACGGGAAAAUUCAAGAGUCUAAAGGCUCAUUUAUUCCGCUUUCAGCUAGCAGUCCAUACUUGUUUAGUGUUGUACAGCAGAGAGACAAGGUGAGUACAGCUGAAAAAGUGGAUCGAGGGGAUAAUGGUCAGGUACCUGCGAAUGGAGUGCUGCCGAAAGAUAAACGAGGCAAUCCAGAACCAGGUUAUGACAGGCCUUCAGUAAGAAAAUCUCAUCUGGAGUCCAAUAUCAGCUUCGGCGCCGACACUCGACCGGCAUCAACUCGCGUUAGGAAUCCUCCUGGUGGACGAUCUACAGGAUUUUGGUGA